GACGGAAGCCGAGAGGGACCUGGGGCGGAAGGGGACCCGGGCCAGGCUUGUGUUCGGUUCCUUGGCGGGGCUGGGGUUCCGAUGUGGUCCCCGGAGCGGGAGGCCCAGGCCCCGACCGGGGGAGACCCGGCGGGCCUCCUGCCGCCCGAGUGGGAGGAGGAUGAGGAGCGCAUGUCUUUUCUGUUCUCCGCCUUUAAGAGGAGUCGCGAGGUGAACAGCACCGACUGGGACAGCAAGAUGGGCUUCUGGGCUCCGUUGGUGCUGAGCCACAGCCGCCGCCAAGGGGUGGUGCGCCUGCGACUGCGGGACUUGCAGGAGGCCUUCCAGCGCAAGGGCAGUGUCCCGCUGGGGCUGGCUACGGUGCUGCAGGACCUGCUGCGUCGAGGCGAGCUGCAGCGAGAGUCAGACUUCAUGGCCAGUGUGGACAGCAGCUGGAUCUCCUGGGGGGUCGGCGUCUUCCUGCUGAAGCCCCUCAAGUGGACUCUUUCUAACAUGCUGGGGGAUCACAAAGUUCCAGCGGAGGAGGUGCUGGUGGCUGUGGAGCUGCUGAAGGAAAAGGCCGAGGAGGUGUAUCGCCUAUACCAGAACUCGCCCCUCUCCUCCCACCCUGUGGUGGCCCUGUCAGAGCUGAGUGCUCUGUGCGCCAACUCCUGCCCGGAUGAGAGGACCUUCUACCUCGUGCUGCUGCAGCUGCAGAAGGAGAAGAGAGUCACUGUCUUGGAGCAGAAUGGAGAGAAGAUUGUGAAGUUUGCCAGGGGACCACAUGCCAAGGUAUCUCCUGUGAACGACGUGGAUGUUGGGGUCUACCAGCUGAUGCAGAGUGAGCAGCUCCUCUCUCGGAAGGUCGAGUCUUUAUCCCAAGAGUCUGAGAGGUGCAAAGAGGAAGCCCGCCGGGCAUGCCGAGCAGGAAAGAAGCAGCUGGCACUGAGGUCUCUCAAGGCCAAGCAGAGGACAGAGAAACGCAUUGAGGCCCUGCAUGCCAAGCUGGACACUGUUCAAGGCAUCCUGGAUCGCAUCUAUGCCUCCCAGACUGAUCAGAUGGUUUUUAAUGCCUACCAAGCUGGUGUGGGAGCCUUGAAACUCUCCAUGAAGGAUGUCACAGUGGAGAAAGCAGAGAGCCUUGUGGAUCAGAUCCAGGAGCUUUGUGACACGCAAGAUGAAGUUUCUCAGACUCUGGCUGGUGGAGUAACCAAUGGUUUAGAUUUUGACAGUGAGGAACUGGAGAAGGAGUUGGACAUCCUCCUUCAGGACACCACCACAGAACCUUUGAGCCUGCUCGAAACCCCCCAGGAGACAACGCUUUAUACCAACAGUGUGCCUAAGCCUAGGAUCUUGGAUGCUGAACUUGAAGCUGAACUUGAGAAAUUGUCAUUAUCAGAAGGAGGUUUGAUCCCAAGCAGUAAAUCUCCAAAAAGGCAAUUGGAGCCAACUCUCUAAAGCCAUUGCAGGAACUCAAGUGAAGGACCCUCAUGUAUCAGAGAGGCAGCCUUGCGCGUGUACAUAGUUAUUUAAUGAGAAACACUGAGAAGUCGUUGGAAGAGGAGGGAAGAACCACUUGGAUGUAUCUGGAUGCUGCUGCUCACGCCAAGACAGAUACAGCUUCUGGAAGCCAUGCUAUGAAGGUGUGCUCCCAGUGAUGUCAUGGACCUACCUUCUCGUCUUUAUAGUGCCACAAUUUAUACAGUUCUGUGUUUGACCCGUCGUCUUCAUAGCCUGCAGUUCUUGCCAUUGGCUCCGUUAGGUUUGUCUUCACCCACCAGCUUCAUUCCAGCCAGUGAAGGUGAAAGGUUUGCAGCUCUGCCCAUCUAAGCUAGCCCUCUCUUCCACUCGUGAGGUCUUUAAACUGCUCCCCUAGCCUGUGCUUUUCUGGGAAUGGGAGUCAAACAAGUUUUAUUCAGAGAGACCCAACAGCUGAGUCUGGAGAAACACUGUCCGGAAGAUGGUUCUCUACAUUCUUCGUCACAGUCUGGGUAUUCGAGGCUCUGAAUGGUUCAGGGUCAUGGCAGUUUCCAGGGUGGCUUAUGUGAUUGGGGGCCACAACCGCUUCCAUCUUAGAAGUAGAUCUGCUGAUGGAGUGGGGGAAAGGAUUAAUCUGCCUUUUCAAGGUGAGCAUGAGAAACACAAACCCUAGGCCCCGGGGUGUGAAAGAAGCUGGAUUCAUGAUUUGGCCCCAUUAUAAAGGAUGUGUUUUCUGGAGCAAGCCACUGGGCACCACAUCACCCUCAACUGGCUCCCUCCCUGUUAGGAUCUGGAAAGUGUCUUAUCUAGUAUCCACCACUCAGGGCAGGGGCCUGAGCCAGGAUGUGCAAUAAGAGGCAGGGCGCUGACCUGCCGCAUCUGCUGCGUGCUGCCUCCUGCCGGCCAGCACAUCUGUGACUCCAGGAACUGUAGGACAGGCAGAAGUAGAUCUGAAUGCUCUGGGGGCAGCAUGGAGAAGAGACAUGACAGCCACACUGCCAGUCUGCUGCCCAGGGACGGUGGCUGCCUGGACCUCUUUGCACUGGCCCUUCCUGCUUGAGGUGACUUGAGCAGAGGGGAGAACUUUGCCUCAGGCCAGGAGCACGAAUCAUUGUUCAAAGAGUCUCUCCCACUCAGCCUUGGCAAUGGAAAUAGCUGGGGGUGAAGAAAAACAAUCACUAUUUUUUCUUUUUUAAUCUGGUAAAUAAUUAAAAGAGAAAAACACCAGGUUUUGUUGUUGUCUAUUCU